AUGUCGGACUACAGUGAUGAUGAUAAUAAUUAUUUUAUUAUUAGAAACGAAAAAGUUACCAACAUAGAAAGUGGACAAAACAAUCCACGUGUAUUACUUUUCACAAAAGACGAGAUAGAUGAUCCAAAAUGUUUUAUUACUAUUAUUUCCCCGGAGGGAAAAGAGGUUAAUAUUACUGGUGAUGUUGAUGAUGCGAUGGAUAUGGCUUUUAUAGCCAAAGAUCUUCAAGUCAGUUUCGAAGACGAUAAAAAACUACUAAGAAAAAUUGAUAUUUAUUUGUUACCUUUCAUAUGCAUACUCUAUGCUAUCCAGUUUAUGGAUAAAGUUACUAAUGCCGAUGCUGCUAUUAUGGGUUUGAUACCUGAUUUAAAAAUGCAUGGUGACCAAUUUUCAUGGACUGGUUCUGCAUUCUAUUUUGGUUAUUUAGGUGGGUUAUUUGUGUUUCCUCCUCUACUACAAAGCUCACGUUGGUUUAUGAAGAAUGUAAGUGUCAUUGUUAUUUUAUGGGGGAUGGUUUUAGCGUGUCAUGCAGCUUCUUCAGUUAAUUAUGCCAGUUUCAUAUUUUUAAGAUGUUUAUUAGGGUUUUUAGAAAGCGCCAUUACACCAUCAUUUAUCAUUUUAAUGUGCCAAUAUUGGAAACAAAACGAACAAUUCGUUCGUAUGUGUUUAUGGUUUAGUUUUAAUGGGUUGGGCACGAUACUAAGUGGUGUACUAUCUUAUGGUUUAUACAUUCGUGAAUACUCUUAUUCCAUGCAAGCUUGGAAGGUUUUAUUUGUUAUUACUGGAAUAAUUACAAUAUUUUUAGGUGGAAUACUAUGGUUUCAUAUUCCAGAUAAUCCUUCAAAAGCGUGGUUUUUAACAGAAAGGGAAAAAUUGAUGGUCGUACAAAGACUAAGAAGUAAUCAACAAGGGUUUGGUAAUCGUCAUGUUAAAAAAUAUCAAGUUUUUGAAGCAUUAAGUGAUGUAAGAACAUGGUUGUAUUUUCUUUAUUCGGUUUGUUGUCAAAUUCCUAAUGGUGGCCUAACAAAUUUUACUGCCAUUCUACUGACAGAAGAUUUCGGUUAUGAUAUAAAAAACAGUUUGUUAAUGGUUUUGCCCGCUGGUGUAGUUGAAUUGAUUGGUUGUCCACUACUAGGCUUAUUAUGUUUUUAUUUGUCUAUGAAAACAUUGGGUAAAAAAACAAAAAUGCUUGGUCAUAGUUUGGUCUGGGCCUUUAUAGUUAAUAUCAUAGUUCUUGUGGCAACAUGUAUGCUAGCAUUUGCAAAAGAUAGUAAACGUGCUCGUUUAGCAGGGACAUACUUAUGGUAUUUGCUUCCAUUAUCAUUUGUUUGUAUUCUAUCUAAUAUCAGCUCAAACACUUUGGGAUAUACGAAGAAGUGGACUGUUUCUUCUUUAAACAUGAUGGCUUAUGCUGCGGCUAAUAUUGCCGGUCCACAAACAUUUAUAAGUAAACAAGCUCCAAAUUAUCAAGGUGCUAAAGUUGCUAUGGUUGUUUGCUCUGCUGUUGGCUGUGUUAUUUUGGUAGUUUUAUACAUGCUAAAUGUUAAAGAAAAUAAUAGAAGAGACGGGAUGACUAAAAAUCCAGAGGGCAAGAUUUUAAACAUAGAAAACAUUGAAUUUGCUGAUUUGACUGAUUCUCAAAAUCCGAACUUUAGAUAUAAUUUAUAA